ACAGUCCUCAUCAGCUGACGAAGGAGCCUUUGUCCCCAUGCAUACCUUAUCAGCAGUGCCAGGCGGAGCCAUCACCAGGCGGGCAGCAUCCCAGGCCUGUUAUCAGCCCAGAGUCCACAGGACACGCUGGGUUAACGUGUAACCACGUACCAUCCCUCACCCCAAAGCAUUCAGUGUCCAGAAGGCCCUAGCAGGGUUAACACAGCCAACAUGGAUGCCAGGAAAGAGGGGCUGUCCCGAAAGGUUCGCUCCUCAGCCCAAAAGCAGCCGCCUGUGUACAGGUGGCUCAUCCCAUUUGUGCUUGCCUGUGUCGUCUUCUUCCUGCUCUGGAUUCCUGAGGACCAGCCGUCGGGCUUUAGCGCCCUAGUCAAGAGCCUGCCCAUCUUUUGCCUGGUGCUGUUCAUGCGGGCCACGGCUUCUCAACAGAGCUCCUGCACCUGCCUGAUGGUGGCUCUUCUGUGUUCUGCCGUGGGAGACAUCUGCCUCAUCUGGCCGCAUGCCUUCCUCUACGGUAUGGGUGCCUUCGCUACAGCCCACCUGCUGUACAUCUGGACCCUGGGCUUGGCACCACUGCGGCCGGGCUUGCUGCUACCUAUUGGGCUCUUCUCUGUGCCCUACUCGGCCCUCCUGCUGCUGCACGUGCCCCCAGACAUGGUGUUUCCUGUGAUGGCCUACGCAGUCAUCCUGGCUGCCAUGCUGUGGCGUGGCCUGGCCCGGGGUGGUGUGGCCAGAUGGGGGGCGCUGCUCUUUGUUGUCUCGGACUCUGUGCUGGCCUGGACCACCUUCGCCCGGCCCCUGCCUCAUGCCCGCCUGGUGGUCAUGACCACCUAUUAUGCUGCGCAGCUCCUGCUGGCUCUGUCAGGGGUCAGGGGCACGCAUCUCAAGACCCACUGAGUAGAGGCACAAUGGGCCAGAGGUACGCUUCCUCCCAUCAUGCCCCCUUCAGGACCCCUGACACCAGCCUGCCUGGGGCCAUACCCAGGGGCAUGGAGCUGGGCUCGGGGCUCCAGUGCUCCCAUCUGCAGGCACCGGGCUAUCAGGAGAUGGCAGCAGAGUGUUGGGUGGAUUCAGAACCUGGCCCUGAGUUCCAGUACCUUCCUUCACUUCCCAUUUCCCAUCCCAGACCCUCAGCCAGACUCUCGUUGGGGGCCUGCUAGUCUCCAGCCUGCCUCUGUGUCCCUUGGCCGCCACCAGCCUUGUCAGGGGCCAAGACCUAGAGGAGAUACGGAAAGAGACAACCCCACCCCAUUGUUUGGGUGGGGCCUGCUCAAG